AUGUAUCGACCCCCUAAUCUGUUCGGCAACAAGACCUAUGACCGCUGUCCGGGUUGUAGACAUACCAAAUGCCGACACAAGAUCUCUGAUAAGGAUCUCCAAAUCGCUACCAAUACGGCAAAAGGUCUCGCUAUCAAGAACCACUAUCAAGGUGCUGAUGAUCGACGCUCUGGUGCAGCUUGGAUCCAAGAGAUCUUUAAACGGACGGUUGGCCAAAGGAAUCUUGUUCGUUAUACCUUUGCCCGUCUCAAUACCAUCAACACCGUCUGGGACGAUCUUGUACGUGACGAAACUGAUCCUGCACUAUGUCACAAGGACUAUGAUCGUCAUUGGGAUCUACUAAUCAACAAGAUCAAUGAGUUCUACAGUGACCAAGAAGUCCUACUGAAACUCCAGAACGACUUCAAUCAUCUACAACAAGAACCUAAGGAGACGGUCAAUCAGUUUAUCUCAAGAUUGGAUGGUUAUGCUAAUCAACUAUGUCUACUAGGUGUCAGUAUCUUGGAUGACAUCAUCAAGCGACGUCUGUAUGAUGGAUUAUUAAACGACCGUCUUAGAGAUAAGAUGGAUCGUGACGUCGAUGAUCACCGUAUAGACUAUCCCCGCUUCAAACGGCAGCUGAUCAAGUAUGAUCGAAGGAGACAAGGGCGCUUAUCUAAGAAGGAAGCUGAUCCCGCUACUCUCCGGUUGUAUGGUGGACGACAUCCUGAUCAACGACGUCAAGCUACGGUGAGCAACAUCAUCAACAACGACCACUCUGAUGACUAUCAUGAUGGAUCCCCUAUUCCUUCUGGAUCAUCAACUGAUGACGAUGUCUACUAUGUCUAUGCGGUGGUUCGUGAUCAACAAUCCAUCACAUGUUAUAGGUGCCUACAGGAUGGUCAUCCUGCUAGGAAUUGUACUAAUGAUAUCGGUAAGAAGGACGAGAGAUGUAUCCGGUGUGGCAACCCUACCCAUACCAUCGACAAAUGUAACGUCUCUACGACUGCCACGUGUCAUCGCUGCGGUCGAGAAGGCCAUCUAGCUUAUGUAUGCCCUGACCCGCUACCAUCCCCUACGGUAUCAAUGAGGAGUAAAGGUGGUAAAGGUAAAGGCAAGGGCCUUGGUAAAGGAAAAGGGAAAUCUCCCGGUCCAUCAAGUAUCCAGGCUACAACCUCAUCUACAACCGAUGGUAAUCUUCAACAGCUCCCAACACCACCUACUCCCGAAGUCAAGAUCUCUGGUGUAGAUCCCAACGAGAAUAACGAUGAUUCAAGUGAUGCAAAUAAUGAGUACGACAUCUACAACGACGCCCAAACUAACAUGAUUGUAUCGCAUCACUAUCCUGAAUCAUCGAUUCUAACGGUAUCGGAGUCGGUUCCCAAUCAACUCAAGACUAUGAAGGCCAACAGCUCGGAUAAGGUCUUUGGUGAUCCUAAGGUAACAUCUACCUCGAAUAUCUGCUCAUCUUCAACUUCAUCUACUCGUUGCGAUGUUGUUGUUGGCGUGAUCAAGAUCGGUCCUGAGACCCGGCCUGUUCUGUUUGAUACUGGAGCCGAUAUCUCUUUAAUCGCUAUCGGAGCCUUGGAGAAAAUCUUCGGUGGUGACUGUCCUAUCUUCUCAUCCACCACAAAUUCUAAUGUGAAGGUUGCUAACACCACCAGCAUCAAGGUCAUCGGCCAUGUCUCUAUACCUAUCGAGACCAGGCACAUCAAGAUCACAGAAAGGUUCGCCGUCACAGACAACUCACUAUCUAGCCCAGUUAUCCUUGGAUGUCCGGCCUUACAACAACUACAGUGUGCCAUUGUCUUCACGGUUAGUGGCUCCGUGGUCUUCAGUGGGAUCGAAGAUCUUACUUCAUCGUUCCAUAGGCAGAUCUAUAAGACUAUCUCUAGAUCAGCCAAGCAACGACAACCUGCUGAGAUCAAAGGUUUUGGUGGCGUAUCUAUUACUCAUCAACCAACCUCUCAUGUCGUCAGGGUGGUGAAUGAUGACCUACCAACUUCAUCAUGUUCUACGAUAAUGGCCUCUAACGACGUCACAACCCAUCUCGAUCUCCUUCAUGGUGGUAUCUGGAAUGGGAAGGUUACCAACAACAAUGCCGUUCCCCGUAUCAUGAACUCAAUCCCGGACGUGAUCACCAACGAUCCUUAUGGUGCUACUGAUAUGGAAGACGUUCCACUACAUCCUGACCUACAACUACAAUCUGAUCCUACCGACGAUCUCCCGCCAUGGGAAGUCAUCAAACGACAAUGGAUACCCGACUUCAGCGCUCCGUUAGGACGUUGCCAACUAUCAGUACCAUGGUUAUCAUCAGACAGGCCCGAUCACAACUUUAGGAUCGCGGCGCGCCGAGGAGCGGCUUCAGUCCAACGACUAUCACCCGAGGAAAAGGAUCUAUUUCACCAAUCCCUGAACACCUUCAUCGACCGGAAGUACUGUGGUAUUGUCCAAGACAACUCUAUCGGCAACUAUACAAUCCCACCAUCAUCUGAACGUUGUCAAGCUAUCUGGCGUGUUCUACAUGAAGGUACAUCUAUGGCAGGAUCUAUCGUACCUAAGCCUAUCCACUAUACGCCGAGCCACAUGGUGUUUCGUAAGGAUCACUGCACUACUCCGUGUAGGAUUGUACUAGAUUAUCGAGUCCUAAAUCGAUUCUCGAAUCGAGGAGGAUCAACUCAACAUAAUCUAGUUGGUACUUUACUAUCGGUAAGAUCAAUGGAGUAUGUGAUAUCAGCUGACAUAUCCAAAGCAUUUUGUGAAAUGUUCGCGGAUCCAAGCGAUAUUCCGUUUAUCGGAUAUACUUGCAUCGGCAAUUUCACUCUGUUGUGGAAUCGAGUCAGCUUUGGAUCUACUUGUGCGCCAGCUAUGUUGGAGACUGAUAUCAACGACAUGUCUGAUGAGAUCUAUCAAGUCAUUUCAACCGCUAAAGCUAGAGAAUCAUCGAGACCGCCUACAUCGACAGUUCCUGGUUGGAAUCUACUCACAGAAGAUCUGAUGAAUGUUCUCUUAUGCCCCACUAACGACAAUGUCGACUGGAUCCGAUUCGGACCACAAGUCCCUAUCGUGAUAUCGAUGGUCUGGUUCGUUGACGACGUCUACAUCGGUGGUUUAUCUAGAUCACACACUAUCGACUGCUACAGCUUUGCUGCACACAUCUACGAGGGACAUCAUAAACUAUUCGAUCCCAACAAGAACUUCACAUCAUGGGUCGAUGAACAACAUCAAGAUCAGCCCGAGGCACUGAAGAAAUUACUUGGCUAUCUAUUUCGUCGAUCCUCUGAUCUUCUACAUGCUGUUUACGAAGCAGAUCGACUAUCUGAAGAAGAUUGUAUCACUAAGAGGAAGGCUAGCUCCUAUCUUCUAUCUCUAUACGAUCCUCUCGGGCUUGUUCUAGAGCAUACAAUGGUUGGUCGACUUAUCUGGCGGAAGAUCACUGAAGCUACAACAGAUUGGGAUGCCAAAAUCGCUGAUGACCAUCGACAACAAGUAUCUGAUUGGGUGAACGCCUCUAUCGACCUCUACAAUGACACUGGAUGGGCUAUCGACAACAAAAUGAGAUCCAGAUGGGAAGGACCCUUUACUAUUGCCAAGGUCACUUCAUCGGCUACGGUACUCGUGGCGCCCGAACUGAUCCUUCCCAACAGGAAGAUCUGGGAAAGAUCUAACUCGUCAUCGUCUAGUCCGAAUCCCACAUCUGAUCCUACUUCACCAACUGUCGAUAACUUAAGUUCACUUCCUUCUACUAAUCAUCGGUCUUCUGGUCCUACCAACAUCACCGACGGUCACAACUGCAACUCUGGUAUCGAUCGGUUAUUUGAAGAUCAUGAACUUCAACUAAUAUCAUUGAAGAAUGUUGUACAUGCUAAAGCUUUCCAAGACCUGAUACGAGAUCAACAUCUACGAGGUCAAAGGAUCUACGUCGACCAUAGAGGAUCUAUAGGGUCUAUCGACUCUCUGAAGGAUGAGUCACAAGAUCUACAACGAGUCAGAGAAUUGAUCACUGAGGGUGCUAUCAUUGAUGCUCUGAAGGUGUGGAGAAAUCCUACUACAACGACCCCCAAUGAUGAAUCACCAUCCGAAGGAGGUCAAGGUCAAGAUAGACAACCACAAGGCCACUCUAUCUCAGAAGAUCUACAUCAAGUUCAAGAAGAUGACCAGUUAGCCCCUUCCGAUUCCCCCGACCUAAUACCAGAAGAUGCCAAUCCUUCGAGAUCAUCGAAGCCAAGGACUUCUCGGAAUCGCCAUCAACAAGGGGAUGAGAAGACUGAAGAUCAACACGACCCUACUGCUAUUAAGGCUACGAGACCCCUUCCCAUAGGCAUCAGCAAUCUAAGACGACAUCUUCUCCAAUCGGAUCUAUUAUCUACUGGUGCUAUCUUAUCUAUGAGUCCCCCUGAUGAAAGUGUGGUGGUAUUCCUAUCAAGUUCAGUAUCGAGCAGAGGUGUCGAUAUCGUAGCCCCCACCGACAAAGACGAAGGAAGAGUUUAUCUUGGCUCAAUCGAAGAUGAUCAAGCAAGGUCGCGCAAGUGCUUCUUCUCUGAUCUGGUUUAUAUCUGUGGGUCUACUACCGUCCUAACUCGGCAACACCAAUUCCUUAUGAGGGAGCUACAUUAUAGCUUAGGCAUCGGGGAUCCAUGGAUCUAA